UAACAAAAAUUAUAACACAUUCGCCAUGUCUGGCCGCCCCUUCAAAAGAGAAUCCUGGAGGCCUACCAAGAGACCUCCAACAUUCGCGGCGGCCGCCCAGCAACCUCCGUUGAGCAGCGCUAAUGCUCUUCCUGCAAGAACAUGGGGAGGCACACCGGUACCGACAGCUCCGAAACGGUUUGAACGAGAUCCGUCUUCGAAUGUGAAAGAGGAAGCACAUUUAUCUAGAUGGGAUGAUAAAGGAUCUAACGAUGGCAAGUGGGACCAGCGGGAUUGGGAUCAGCGGGACGAUAGGUCAAGAUAUGGUAACAGUGGUAAUGGAAAACGGCGACAAUCACCUUCAAGGCAACCCGACUCUACGCGAGAUGAGCGGUUUUCUUCCGCUCGGCGUUCAUAUUCCCCCCCUGUCCCUGCUCCUUCCCCUGCGAACCCGUCCAACUACCCUGCUACACGGCGACCAUUACCACCUGCUCAACCGCCUGCCAGUCAUCACCAUACUCGCGCACGUCGGCCGUCACCGGAUUACGGCACAUCGGGACCUGCGGCCAAGAAACGGAAAGGUGGUGCAAGAAAAAGAGACAGUCCUGAUUACGGAGUUGGAUCGAGGGAGGAUGCGGCAUCGUCGUAUCGCCGCUCGCCUAGUCCUUUGUCGAAUCGCUCACGUUCUCGUACCCGUUCCCGAUCACGCUCACCUGCGCCUUCCCACCAUUCUCAAUCCAAUUCUUAUUCCCUUCCCAAGACACAGACUCAUACAUACACUCCAUCACAAUCACAUCGGAAAAGAUCACCGUCGCCCUCAAUGAGCGAUCGGCAAUCAAGCUCUGGUAGAUGGAGUAAACGCGACAGGUAUAAUAAUCACCAGUACGGAAAGUAUGACAAGGACGAUCGAAAUGGAAAAUUUGACAGCAGGGAUAAUGGAUGGGAGAACGAGGGCAAUCGGAACUGGAGGGAUCGAGAUACUGAUCGGGAUGGGCAUCGCCGGGAUCGUGGUAUGGGAGAUAGAGGGGGGAGACGAGAUAAAGAUUGGCGGCAGGAUAAAGGAUAUGUGUAUGAUCGGAGAGACAGAGAAAGAGAUAGAGAUCGAGAAAGGGACAGAGAUCGAGACAGAGACAGAGGUAGCGGCUGGCAAGCUUCGCGGCGCGACCGAGAUUACCCCCCAAUAGGUCCAAGAGGAUAUACGUCGUCUGCAUCGCAAUUGCGACACGAUUAUCAGACUGCUCCUUCACCGCCACAUUCUGCCCAUGUCCAAGCCCCGCCACCUCCCAGCGACUUUUACGACCGACGAAGAGAUUCACCCGACUCAUACGGCCACCAAAACCACAGUCAUGGACAGAGACAAGGGCGCAGUCCUAUACAGGAUAGAGAAUACCCAUCUCGUUCAAAUUUCGUCACGAACGCCAACGCGAAUAGCAUUUUAGGUACUUCUACGACGAGGAAGUGGGGCGAGAGUGGAAGGUACCUUUAUGAGCAGUCGUACCAACCUCCAUCGACUGUUUCGAGAGCUACUUCUGUCUCGCGGGACUAUUCACCCUCCCCUCAGCACAGCUAUGCUCUGCCGGCCGCCACGUCCGAUACCGUUCCACUUCCCGUCCAUCCGCCUGCACCGGUAUAUCCUCCCCAACCGAUGUCCUUCGCUGAAUACAUACCUAAAGCUGAUGACCCUAUCUCGGUUCCUCGCCCACAGCUUGAAUCUUCAUUCCAGUCUUUACCUGAUACCGCUGGGCCAACAGCUGAGUUGCAGACUCGGACAUCGCCUGUUAAAAUAUCUUUUGGUCAGCCAAGUGGUGGGGCGGUAAAAAAGGGGUGGAAAUCGAUUUCCCCGAAGAAGAAGGCAAGGGUCAGUCUGUUCGAUGAAGAUGAAGAAGAAAUACAAGGGGCAAAAGGGGAAAAGGAGGAUAAAAAGGAGGUGAUGCCAGAGAAAGAGCAAGAUAUCAUGGGAGAAGCGCUUCCACAUCCCGAUACACUCAUACACCGGCUCACACUCGCCUCAACGCGGUAUACAACCCUUCUUACUUCCCUCUCUGCCCCUCUUCGCGCAGCAUUUGACUCAUUUUCCACUCUUCCCUCUUCCCCACCGCCCCCUCCUAUCGACCUUUUCUUGGACGAAUAUCUAGGGAGGAAAGCGAGAGAUGAUGAGGUGAAAAGAGUAGAAGAGGUUUGGGAUGCGAAGAAGGAGUGGGAGAGGGAGGAAGAAAUGGGGAGAAGGUACCUCGAGGAGGUUGGAAAAGGCGGAAGGGUAGAAGGGGUUAACGUAGCGCCGGCGGAGCCUGGGGGUGCCAGAGUGUCCCCCGCGGCUGUUGUUGUUGCUCCAAAACCUGAGCCUGAACUUGCACCGAUACCCGUUUCAGGAACUGAACUCCAAGCUCCUGCACCCGGAGCAGAACCUCACCCACAGACGCAAAAAGUCCCAAUCCCCUUACCACCAGCAGCCACGUUAGUCUAUCAGAAGCUCGCGGCCGUUGGCGAAGGCACGUACGGCAAAGUCUACAAAGCCCUUUCCCUCAUCACCCACCAACCGGUCGCUCUCAAGAGGAUUCGUAUGGAGAACGAGAAGGAUGGGUUCCCUGUUACAGCGAUGCGGGAGAUCAAGCUGUUGCAGAUGUUACAGCAUGAAAACGUGCUUAGGCUUGUGGAAAUGGUCGUGGAGAGAGGUGGGGUUUAUAUGGUGCUUGAGUACAUGGAGUUUGACUUGACUGGCCUUUUGGCGCACCCCGAAAUCAAGUUCUCUCCGGCGAAUAUCAAAUCACUUUCGCAUCAGAUGCUUUCUGGUCUAUCAUAUCUUCACCGUCAAUCGAUCCUCCAUCGUGAUAUGAAAGGCUCCAAUAUCCUCGUCAACUCGAGAGGGGAGCUAAAGCUGGCAGACUUUGGGCUGGCAAGGGUUUAUGCAAAGAAACGCAGAGAGGAUUAUACUAAUAGGGUUAUCACUCUUUGGUAUCGAAGUCCAGAAUUGCUUAUGGGCGAGACAAUAUAUGGCCCAGAAGUUGAUAUGUGGUCUGCCGGAUGUAUCAUUCUCGAGCUGUAUACUACGAAACCUAUCUUCCAAGGUUCCGAUGAACUCAACCAACUCGAAGUUAUAUAUGCCCUCUUGGGUACUCCAACAGAAGCCGAAUGGCCGUCAGUCAAAGAACUGCCAUGGUAUGAGUUGGUAAAGCCUAAAGAGGAAAUUGGGAGUAAAUUUAGGACAAGUUUUGCAAAGUGGCUUUCGCCAGCUGCUCUCGACCUCGUUGAAGGCCUUUUAUUUUACGACCCUUCCCAACGUCUUUUAGCCGAUUCUGCUCUACAAACAGAUUACUUCCUCAUGGAGGAACCUAAAAUGGAGAAACCCACCCAGCUCGAAGGGAUGGGUGAACACCAUGAGAUGAGUGCAAAGGCCGAAAGAAAAAGAAGAAGAAUGGAAGAAGGAGGAGAAUGAAGAAGAGUAAAAUUCUUUUUUGCUUCAGUCUAAGAGUGGUUUCUUCGAGAAGCAACCAGCAUAAAAAACUGGGAAAAAGUCUGGAAAAGUCAGUGACUACCGCCUGCGCUUUGUUGCAAAGUGGUGUAAGGACGUUUGAUAUCUGGCAUUCAGAAGAGAAGAGGAGUAAUUAAUGUAUUUAUAGUAGCGAUAUACAUAUCUGCAUGGCAUCAUCUUAUUUACCACUGAGUUAACUCAAAAGCGCCUUAGUAUGUGUUUUUAUUAU